UACCUUCAUCGUCACUUGUGUUGUUUAAGUCUUGCAGCACGAAACCUCAAGGAGGAGAUCCAUUCUUUUCCUAUAUAUAGCUACCCACAGAGAAAAACCUCAUUGUCCUCCUCUCCACUACACUACACUGUGCACUUCUGCAGGUUGCAAUGGCCACCAUCCCGGAGGUGCCGGCGAGCGAGCUUAUCCAGACCAUGCCGCGCGUCGGCAUGGGCACGGCGGCGUUCCCCUUCACCUCCUCGGAGGACACCACCGCCGCCAUGCUCCGCGCCAUCGAGCUCGGCUACCGCCACUUCGACACGGCCAGGAUUUACGCCACCGAGGGCUGCGUCGGCGAGGCAGUCGCGGAGGCCGUCCGGCGUGGCCUCAUCGCCUCCCGCGCCGACGUGUUCGUCACCUCCAAGAUCUGGUGCAGCGACCUGCACGCCGGCCGCGUCGUGCCGGCGGCGAGGGAGACGCUCCGCAACCUCGGGAUGGACUACGUCGACCUGCUCCUUGUCCACUGGCCGGUGAGCCUCACGCCGGGCAACUACGACUUCCCGUUCCCCAAGGAGGUGAUCCUGCCGUCGUUCGACAUGGAGGGCGUGUGGCGCGGCAUGGAGGAGUGCCACCGCCUGGGCCUCGCGCGCGCCAUCGGCGUCAGCAACUUCUCCGCCAAGAAGCUGGAGCAGCUGCUGUCGCUCGCCGCCGUGCGGCCGGCGGUGAACCAGGUGGAGGUGAACCCGAUGUGGCAGCAGAGGACGCUGCGGGAGGUGUGCCGGCGGGAGGGGGUGCAGCUGUGCGGGUACUCGCCGCUGGGGGCGAAGGGCACGCCGUGGGGCAGCGCCGCCGUGAUGGACUCCGGCGUCCUGCAGGAGAUCGCCGGAGCCAAGGGCAAGACGCUUGCUCAGAUUUGUUUGAGGUGGUUGUACGAGCAAGGUGAUGUUUUAUUGGUGAAGACAUAUAAUGAGAAGAGAAUGAAGGAAAAUCUGGACAUUUUCAACUGGGAGCUCACAGAUGAAGAGAGGGAGAGGAUCAGUCAGCUGCCCCAACUGAGGGGCCUGCCUGGAUUGGAAUUCAUCUCUGACCAUGGGCCUUACAAAUCAGUUGAAGAUUUGUGGGAUGGUGACGUCUAGCAAGCUACUUAGAUACAGUGGAGUAUAUAUCUAAAUAAUCAUGAUGGAUCAUGAUGUGGAUCUAUCUUAAUUAUGUGCGGCAGGCAUGGGCACGGCACCAUUCCCGUACACGUUCUGCGAUCAAUUAAUGUAUGGACCAUACAUGUAUAUUAAUUGCUGUAUACCUAUCCACUUAUUUAAAACACGUCGACACGUUCACGAAAAAUGGUUACUCCCCUGGUAUACAUAUAUAGGUCCAUAGAUGAUGCAUUGCAAAUUUAAUUAGCUACCUAGAAAUUUAUUUAGGAUGCUAAAUUUAAGAUGGUAGAUUUAGUUUAAAUGUAUACGACUCUUGAUCUAUUUUUGUUGGAUUUCACUCCACCCGUGGUUGGGAACUAUUAAUUAAUUCCCUGGGUCUAUAAUGA